AUGCCAUCACAUUAUUCGAACAAAGACGUCGACACCACGGAUGGCUCAUUGAGUCUGCUCGGCAAACUUCCCGAAGAGAUCCUGCAAGAGACUCUCCGAUACCUUGAUAAUCACAGCUUGGCCAACUUCUCCCAAACGUGUCAUUGGUCAUAUGACAAAGCAACCCCCUUAUUGUGGGAAGAUGUUGAGCUUGUAGACUGUCGCACAAACAACGACGCAGUACCUGAUGUGAGCGACGAGCAUGAUGAUACACCCAUCAUUCGAAAACUCCUUGUUCUGGCCAGUAAUCCAUGGAUCGCCUCACAUGUUCAUACCCUGACACAUCGCUGUCAUUUCCCCCCCCCUGCCAUAUUUUAUGAACUACCGAGGAUCAACUUCCAAGGCCGCACGCUGUCCCAUGAUAUACGCACUCUACAUCUGCUGGCCAAGGCUUGCCAGAAUCUAACCAGCAUACAUACGUUAAGAAUCAUUUUUGGCCACUGGAAUCUGACUCGCGGUCUUCUAACUGGACUGUUGGGUGAUCCAAAGGGCUCUAUCAUAAGACACCUCUGGCUUGAGAACUGUAGCAUUGCUGGCAUAUCACAAAAACUACUCCAAUCAUUCGACCUCCGGAAGCUGAAGAGUCUUCGAUUACGCCGUUUGCCUUUGCUAGCCAACGCCGGAAGAUUUGACUCACAAGAAGUCUACACGCGAGGUCCAUUCCCGGAUUGGCGAACCGGCAGAGCAUUCGAAACCAGACAGGAUGGCCGCGGUGGUGUGAUCAAUACGUCGACUGAGCUUUUUCGACAUCAAGAAGCCCUUAUAAGAAACUUGAUCAUAUACAAACAAUUGCCUGACCUUGGCGGGUUGAUUUCCUCCAUCCAACAGGGACUCUCCGAUGAAGAUCGGUCCCCAACGAACAGUGUGAAACAACUCUUGCAUAGUAACCAUCCAGACUGGGCACCAACCGACACGGAUCCAUUUCCUACAUUCAUGCACAUAUUAGAGCAUUCUGCGGCAUCUCUUACUUCGCUAAAUCUAGACUGGGUCUUGUUCAGGAGGACCGACCAACGCGCUUCCUCGGAGUCUGAGUUGAGUUUGCAAAGUAUGUUCAAGGGACUAUUCAAGCUACACUUUCCAUACCUUCGGGCUUUCCAAUUUCGAAACGCCGUCAUACCGGAAUCAGAACUGCCGCAGGGCGUCUAUCUUUUGGACACCUGUGAAGCGGCCCCGCUUACUCUGUUCGAUCCGGACAUGUGCGUCUCAUGGUUAGAGCGGCAUCCAAAACUUCAAUCACUAGCCUGGCCAGCUGAUCGCUUCUUCGGGCAAACAAAGAACACCACGCACGACCUCCAACAGCGUAUAGAUUUUGUCAUUUCUAGAUUGGCGCGUACGCUCGAAGAUCUUCGAGUCGAUACUGUCUACAGCAGGAGUGGUGAAUUCAAGACCGACGAUUCUGAUGAACCCUCCGAUCUGAGCCGUUGUCGAAGCCGCAGAAGGUUCAUCUCUGAAUUUGCGGCUCAUCUGCAAAGGCUUGAAAGUCUCAAGAUGGAGGGCGGCAUACCGCGCGAUGAGAAACGUGAAAUCAUCAGGGCCCUACAUCAGUCACCACUACAGAAGAUUGUCAUGAUAGGAGUCAACAGUCCGAUCGGUAACACUUGGGGCUUUGCUGGACGUGACAUUGGCUCCUUGGGGAUCAACGAGGACCCUAACGACCCUGAUGACUUCGGCUCUCUUGAAGAGGAAGACGUAGACGAGAUUGUUCGGCUGGGGACAACAAGACCAGAACCAGUCGGUUCCAGCGAAGUCUUUGAAGCGGAGUAUGGCUGGCCACCCGCUCCACCGUUCAUGCACACAUUGGCAUCUUAUCAUGCAGAUACUGUCACAGAGCUCAAAUUCUGCGGAUAUCGUGGAGCACCCCUUCUCUGGAACCCUACCCCGAUCACGCAUUAUAUGCUCGCACCUCUUCGACACUUCCAUAACUUGCGCCAUCUGAUUCUAUCGCUCUGGCUGCACACACUCUACGAAGAUGAUCACCGCGAUGAUGAAAUCCUCGAUUACUGGCUCAACACACGCUCUCCAACUAUCACGGCUCUCGUCGCUACAUCCACCGAACCACCUACAGGCUGGGCGGUAGAGCUAGCCUCGAAAUAUGAGCCCAGCGCCAUGGCAGCAAGAAUUGUCGCUCUCAUGGGUCCUUACGUUAGCGAAACAGCAAAAGCUCACCCUGGAGGCAUGCAUGUGAGAGCCAGCUUUUGCAUUGGCUCUUAUGGCGGUCUCUUCGAUUUCGACGUCAUCAUUGGCAAGAGCGCUGAUGGCAAAGAUGAGUUGAGGGAAUGGAAGGGUCCGAGGGAGGAAUUGCAUCCUGAAAGGAGAGCUGAGAAGUUGAGGAAUAGGCGAUGGUUCGGGCCGACCGUGAGGAGGGAUGUUGAUGGACAGAGGAGUAUGUCCAUUAGUUUGUGA